UCCCCAGCCAGUUUCACUGAAGUUCCUCAUUCUGUGGAGGGCAGCAGUCCGUAACAGCUGACCCAGUCGGCAAAGCAAAUAGCAGCAGUCUGUCAGUCAGUACAAGUCUGAUGAACAAUUUUGGGAAGAAAUCUGAGGAUUGAACAACAUCUCUGCAGUGGAUUAACUGUUUCCUUCACCAGGGAUAUAUCCACACACUCACAUACACACACACUCAAAAAGAGGCAGGAUGGGUUGUAUAAAAUCCACGCUGAACGAAGGGCUGGACGGAGGUGUGGAGGGGAAGAUCAGCCAGCAGCCUGUACGUACCGAGCAAACGCACUAUGUCAGAGACCCCACCUCCAAUACUAAAAACAACAUAAAUAACUCCCUGUUGCCUGGCCAAGUGUUUCAAAAAAUGGAAGAGCAAGGCGGGGUUGGUAAAAUAGUGGUCAGCCUUUACCCGUAUGAAGCCGUGCACCAGGACGAUUUAGGAUUCAAGAAAGGAGAAAAGAUGAAAAUCCUAGAGGAACAUGGUGAGUGGUGGAAAGCAAAGUCUCUAACAUCUAACAGAGAAGGAUUCAUUCCGUCCAAUUAUGUCGCCCAGGCUGACACCAUGGAAACAGAAGAGUGGUUUUUCAAGGACAUCACAAGAAAGGAUGCAGAAAGGCAGCUGUUGGCGCCAGCAAACAAACCGGGGGCUUAUCUUAUCAGGGAAAGCGAAACAUCAAAAGGAAGUUACUCAUUGUCCAUCCGAGACGUGGACGCCCAGGGGAUGGACUCAAUUAAACACUAUAAGAUCAGGAAGAUGGAUAAUGGUGGUUACUACAUCUCUCCAAAGAUCUCCUUCCAAGACAUUGGCAGCAUGAUCAAACACUACCACAACAAAGCGGAUGGCCUGUGUCGUAAACUGGACCGUGCAUGUGCAAAACCCAAAGCUCAGAAACCAUGGGAUAAAGAUGCCUGGGAGAUUUCCAAAGACUCUAUUAAGAUGGUGAAGAAACUGGGAGCAGGGCAGUUUGGAGAAGUCUGGAUGGCCUACUAUAACAACGUGACCAAAGUAGCCGUGAAGACGCUGAAGCCAGGCACCAUGACAGUCGAAGCCUUCUUGGAUGAAGCCAACGUCAUGAAGACACUGCAGCACGACAGGCUGGUGCGGCUCUACGCUGUCAUCACCAAGACAGAGCCCAUAUACAUCAUCACUGAAUAUAUGGCCAAUGGGAGCCUACUAGACUUCCUAAAGAGUGACGAAGGGUGCAAACUGCAACUACCAAAACUCAUCGAUUUCUCAGCCCAGAUAGCAGAAGGCAUGGCGUACAUAGAGAAGAAGAACUACAUCCACAGAGACCUGAGAGCAGCCAAUGUUCUGGUUUCAGAGAGCCUGCUCUGUAAAAUAGCUGAUUUCGGACUGGCAAGAGUCAUAGAGGAUGAUGAGUACUCAGCCAGAGAGGGAGCCAAAUUUCCCAUUAAAUGGACUGCUCCAGAGGCCAUUAACUAUGGCUCCUUCACCAUCAAGUCAGACAUGUGGUCUUUUGGAGUUCUGCUCUAUGAGAUUAUCACCUUUGGGAAAAUUCCUUACCCAGGUAUGACUAAAGGAGAGGUGAUGUCCUCGAUUCAGCGAGGCUACCGAAUGCCGCAGCCUGACACCUGCCCCCCCGAGCUGUACGAAAUCAUGACGUCCUGCUGGAAGAACAAACCUGAAGAGAGGCCCACCUUUGAUUACAUGCAGAGUGUCCUGGACGACUUCUACACAGCCACAGAGGGACAGUACCAGCAACAACCUUAGAGAGGGGCACACACUGUACACAGAGACUUUGACAAAUGAAGACAUUUCACUUCUUUUUGUAAUCUUAUUGUAUAUAAAUGACACAUUCUGCAUAGAUUUAUAUAC